UUCCCUGUGCGUGACGAAUUCCCGCCGCGCGCGAUCAGCGCGCUGGAACAAGCUCAGCAGACGGAAAAAACGCUUUACGCGUACCAUCAGACCGUCCUGGAUGGUGGACUCUCCCGAUAAGCAGGUGCACCAGCUGAAAACCCUCUCUUUGGACCAACCUCCGCACUAUAGAGGAGUCGCCCCCGGAACCAUCUACAGAGACGUUCUUCAGGAGCAAUCCUCGAGAUCCUUGCCGUCCGGGAAUUUCGUUCGUACGUGAGCUCGCGAGCGUCGAACCGGAUCUCGAAUUCGUGACCAGUUUCCGUCGAGUUGACGCUUCUUCUCUCUGCAGUUUCUCAAAGUCUUUCGUGCACGAAGAUCUCAGGAACGCGACGUCGCAUGUGAAGAAUCGACUGUAUCUGGAAAUGGGCGAUCUCGAACAGCAGUGCGAGGACGCGUUGUUUGAAGUGUGCGACGCCCGGGAGAGAUAUCCGCUGCUGUGUGCUAAGGAACUUGGGAAAUGCAUCAAGCUCACCAACGAGAUAUGCAUGGCGAGGGUUCUUGCGAAGCCAGCGAAAAUUCUGAACGUGCCAGCUUUCACGGACGAACACUUGGCGAUGCUUCAGGGUUUAUCAGAGACCGCCGAACUGCUGAGGACGCAGGAACAUAAAGUCCAAGCGAUGAUAGAUAAAAUUCAUAACAUGACAGCCGCGCUGGAGCAGAUCAAUAGGGACAAGUUGUGCGAAAUAAACAAACUAUUGUGGCAUUAGAGGUACAAUAAUUUUUCCUCAAUGCAAUAUUUAUCCUUUACAUAUUGUACAUAUAAUACAAUUAUUGUAUAUCAUUCGUGUAAAUACAUAUUUGAAUAGAGAAUUUUUUUAAUUGCGAGUUUUGCAUCCUAAAUCUUUGUAAGUUACAUAUUAAACUAACAGAAUUUGCAUUUUAUAAAAUAUAUUCGUUGAUAACAUUGCGAGUGUAAACGAAUUGCGUUUAAAACUUGUAUUACUCCCUGAUAGUUGUUGCCUUGGCAACGGCCUCGUGUCAAAACAAUGCGCAGGAAUGCAUGCUGGUCACAUGUAGUACUUACUACACUGUGAAACGAGAAAUACCAAGCUAGCUGUUGAAGUAGUGCAUUUUUGCAAUUCUCGCUAUGUCUACGUUCAUAGAAAAUGUGCAUAUAAAGGAUGGCGAAUACACAAAAAUAAUUUACAAUAUGGUACACUGAGCUGCGCGUAUAACCACACGCCCAUAUAUUAUGUAUACAUUUGAAACUUUCAAUAAAAUGAACCCCAACUCCGAGAA